UAGUCAGUAGUCACCCUUGAAUUUGAUGAUAAUAAUAAAUAUGAUGAAUGUUCGUGAAUAAUUUUAAUUUUGUAUGUCUGUAGUUCGAAUACUUUGAAUUGAAGAACAUAGAGAAAUCUUCAAGUUUUUCUCCAGGAGUCAUUAUCAUGAUUAGAAGAAACAUUUGUCGAUUAUUAGUGAGCAACAUUGAUACUUUGUAUUGCAAAAGGCACUUUACAAAUCGUGAGAAACUGAUUCAUUCCUUAAUAGAGAAUGCUGUUGAUAGAUCCAAAAUCAUUAAUUCAAGAAGAGAAUGGGGAAACGUUAGACAAACAAUAUUGAAUCAUGAACAAAAUAGGAAGCACUAUACCAUGGACAACAUAGAUGCACUAAUAUUAGGAUUCUGUACAACUAGAAAGGAAUAUGAAUUAGGGUUUUCAUAUCUACAAUUCCUCAAAGAUGAAAAUAUCAAACCCAAUCUUGCCACCAUUGGCAAAUAUUUCAAAUUACUUUACCAUUGUAAUGAGAAAUAUUAUUUUAUUGAAAAGAAAAAAAAUCCAGAGGAUGAGGAAUACAUAUUGAAGUGUUACCAAGAUUUACGUAGUGAUUAUCCCAUUUUGGAUUCCUUGUCUCUUGAAAAUACAAUAUUGGGUGUUUCUAUGACACAUGAGUGGAAAAAAUGUCUAGAUUUCAUGGAAGAAAUCAAAAUUACCACUAUCCCAAAUAAUAUAUCAUAUAGUGCUAUUAUUUCAGCAGCAUUCUUGAACAAUGAGGAGGAAUUAGGUUGGCAACUCUUGGAAGAAAUGUUCAGGAAUGGUAGAAACCCUGGAAGUGUAAUAUUUCUCACAUAUCUUUCAAAUAUUGGGAAAAUGAAGAACACUGCAUAUGGUGCUGAAAAACUAGAGAGGUUGUUUACAUUUUUCCAUGAAAAUGAUUUCAAAUGUGAUAAGGAAGUUGCUGAUGCUAUUUCAAGCUUAUAUAAAAAACUUGAUAACCAUAGCAGUUUCACACAGGUAUCAUAUAAGGGAGUUUGCAACAAUUGUCAUCUCAAAUUGAACAAUUAUGAAGUUGGUCAAGAAGAAUUUGAUGAUCUGAAGAAAAAACUUUUCAAGAAUGUUAUAAUUGGAAGAGAUUUGUUUGUAAAAACAAAUCCAGCAGAACUCAGGAAAUUCCAAAAUUUCAUCAAUGAUAUGGAUUGUUUCGACGUAGUGCUUGAUGGAUUGAAUAUAGCUUACUCUGCCGGUACCAAACAUUCACCCCAAGUUUUGUCGGCAAUGGUAGCCGCAGUAGUUUCUUUUUUUGUGAAUCAGAAGAAGAAAGUUCUAGUCCUUGGAAGAAUUCACAUGAAUCGGUGGCCAAAAGAGCAUUGGGGAUAUGUUACAAACACCUGUUCUGUUUUUCUCACUCAGAAUAUUUCACAAGAUGACCCUUAUUUACUGUACUGUGCAUUGCAUUCUGGAAAAGAUACAAUCAUAGUCACCAGAGACUUGAUGAGAGGUCACAAGUUCCUUCUGAAAUAUCCAAAGGAUAAAAUAUUGUUCAAUCGUUGGCUUUCACAGCGACAGUUCCAACUACUGAGGAUAAAUGAAGAAGGAAAGCCAAUUUUCAGAAUUCCACCUUCAUUUACCUCAGUGUCACAGAAAAACGAUGACAUCUGGCAUAUACCAUAUGAGAAUGAAACCCAAGUGGAUAAAAAUGAUUUUCACAAAUCUUGGUUAUGUUUGAAAUGUCGUUAACUGAAGAUGUGAGUUGAUAGUAAAAGCUUCGC